ACCAUUACACGUUUGGACAAUUUGUUGCUUGGAAAUCAACAAAAAGUUUUACAAAGCAAGAACAAUUUAGUUAAAUUAAAUUGUCUUUCUGAGGAGAAGCAAGAACAUAGACAAUGGCUCAUAAUCAGAUAGAUCACCGUAGUCAACACCAUCAGCGUCGCCACUCAUCUCAUCGUCACCAUCAUCACCAACGUGGUGCACACCUUCCAGAGGAACAGGAAGAUAAGAGUACUUCAGAUGCCAGCAGUUGUCGCCAUCACAUUCAUAAGCAUUAUAACCAUCAUCACCCCCAAGCUGAUAGCCAUCAUCAUCAUCAUCAUUAUCCACAACAAAAGGAUAAACGUCACGCACCGAAAAAGAAAACUCACUCUAAUGCUUCAGUCAGUUCCUCAAACUCUUCUGGGUCUUCCUCUAGUUCCUCGUCAAAGGCUUCAUCAAGCUCAUCCAGUUCUGAUUCCUCUUCCUCCUCCAAUUCCUCUUCAUCUUCUUCCUCCAAAUCACAUUUCUCCAAUUCUAGCUUUCCCUCUUCCUCUUCCUCUGGUUCAUGUUCUUCUUGGUCAUCUGAAUACAGUCUGGAAAAUGCCCCUUUGAAUACUGAGCCCAAGCGAGCUAUUCAGUGUUCAAAGAAGUCACAAUCAUGUAUAGAUAUCAGCAGAGGACAGAGAGCCUUUGAGGAUGAUGAGGAUGAUGCAGAUACAAUGCCUUUAUUGGAUGCUGAUGACCAACUGAAGGAGUCCACAGGCAUGGAAAAGAACCUGACUGUCAAAGAAAAAUCUGGAAGAACUGCCAAGAAGACUGCACUGAAUUCUCAACAGAAGAAUGAAAAGGGCAAUAAGGUGCAACAAAAUCACGGUAAAGGGGCUGAAAACAUAAGAAAGACCAAGUCUAUGGAGGUUCUAUCAAGGCAAACAGAUCAUGCUGGUGUUGGAGACAUGGAGGGGAGGGGAAAAAAGAAGCAAGAACCUCAUAAGAACUUUGUGAAGGAGAAGAUUAAGUUUUCUGCCUUUCUGAAUGAAAUCACAAGGCAGGUGCUUAGCCCAUCAAGACUUACAUCUCUCGGGGUAACAGAUGUUCAUAGGCCAUUGAGCCCUUAUCAAACUUCAACAUCUCCAAAGACAUUUUCUCCGAAGCCUGAACAUAAAAGUGAAAAGGCAUCAAAAAUUACCAGAAGCCGGCCGGGAAGCAAUGCCAGCUCAAUAACAUCAACUGCUAAUUCCCAUCUCAGCAAAUACUCACACUCCAGUAAGCAUUCUCAGUCAAGCAAGUGCUCCCAUUCCAGACGGCACUCACAUUCAAGCAAGACCUCCCACUCCAACAAGCAUUCAAAUUCUGAAAGGCGCCACACCUAUCAACAACAUCACCAAGCUGUUCCCAGGAAUAGAUGUGACAGUACAAAAAGUGAUACAAGCUGUACUAGUUCUUCCUCAAAAGGUCUUUCAUCUGGUACUCAAGAUGACCACAAAAGUCAGAAAAAGCACCAAAUUGCCCCCAAAGAACAGCAUUUGAAUUCAUUGAAUCAUCAAACUUCACACCACAAAUCAUCUCCAUCACACCAUCAUUACAGCAAAGAUUAUCAUAGCCCACCUUCAGGUCCUUGUUCUCCAGAAUCAGAUAACUGCCAUCAUUAUGCCCAUCCAGAAACUCUACAACAACAUGCCCACCCAGAAUCCCAUCACCAUCAUGCCCAUAGAAAAUCGCAACACCAUCAUGCCCAUUCAGAAACCCAACACCAUCAUGCCCAUCCAGACACCCAACACCAUCAUGCCCGUAGAGAAUCGCAACACCAUCAUCCCCAUCCAGAAUCCCAACACCAUCAUGUCCAUCCAGACAUCCAACACCAUCAUGCCCGUAGAGAAUCGCAACACCAUCAUCCCCAUCCAGAAUCCCAACACCAUCAUGUCCAUCCAGAUACCCAACAACAUCAUGCCUAUCCAGAAACCCAACAACAUCAUGCCCAUCCAGAAUCCCAUCACCAUCAUGUCCAUCCAGAUACCCAACAACAUCAUGCCUAUCCAGAAACCCAACAACAUCAUGCCCAUCCAGAAACCCAACAACAUCAUGCCCAUCCAGAAUCCCAUCACCAUCAUGUCCAUCCAGAAUCCCAUCACCAUCAUGCCCAUCCAGAUACCCAACAACAUCAUGCCCAUCCAGAAUCCCAUCACCAUCAUGUCCAUCCAGAUACCCAACAACAUCAUGCCCAUCCAGAAACCCAACAACAUCAUGCCCAUCCAGAAUCCCAUCACCAUCAUGUCCAUCCAGAUACCCAACAACAUCAUGCCCAUCCAGAUACCCAACAACAUCAUGCCCAUCCAGAAACCCAACAACAUCAUGCCCAUCCAGAAUCCCAUCACCAUCAUGUCCAUCCAGAAUCCCAUCACCAUCAUGCCCAUACAGACUCCCAACACCAUCAUUCAUCAUCACAGCACCAUCUUGGAACUAAUCGUAGCCCAUCUCCACACCACCACUCUCUUCAUUCAGAUUCCCACCACCGUUUACCUUCUCUACCAACUAACCAUCAUGGAUCGUACCGCAGUCCAACACAAUCUUCUAAAUCAGGGUCUCACCAUCAUCCAGAAGAUCACUGUUAUCCUUCUCAUGUAGAAUCAAACCACCAUAAUCAUUCGCCUUCACCACCACAUCACCACCAUGGAAUUCAUCACACCUCAUCUUCCCACCAUCAUUCCACACAUUCAGAAACUUCCCACCAUCAUUCCCAUCCAAAAUCUCAUCACUAUGACUCGCCUCUUUCUCCUCCUCCUCUCCACCAUCACAGAGAAAACCAUGGUAGUAUAUCUCAUCUUUCUACAGACUCAGAAACUCAGUUUGGUGUGAAAUCGCAACAUCAUUAUUCUGACUUUGAAUCCUCUCAUCCCAAGGUUCACCAUCGCCAUGAUCUUUCCCAUCCUACUCAUUCCCCCAACCCUGAUCAACACCAUCACACUAUAGUUUCAGAACCAGAACACCAUAAUUUCCAUGAAAAUUCCCACUCUGAAACUCAGCAAUACUCUCAUUCACGUGAUACAUCCCCUACUCCUGAACACCAUUAUUAUUCUUCCCAUACUGAUACUCACCAUAAUCCUCCUCAUUAUCAUUUGUCUGGCACUCAGCCAAAAAUCCCUGUACACUCUAAUUCACCCCAUCUUAAUGAAAAUCAUUUCAACUUACAUUCAGAGUCCACAAAUCACGGUACAUCACAUUAUAAAGCACACCUUUCCAAUUUGGACUUCCACCAUCAAAGUGAUCGUAAUUCUCCGGAACCUCACCCUCACCAUUUCCACUCAGUAAGUCAUGAUAACCCCCCUGUUGAAUCAGAUCAUUACCAUCACCACAAAUCUCAGGAAUCCCAACAUUAUUCCCAUUCAAAUGCCCAUCACCAGUCCAGUCCAGAGACCAACCAUUCUCCACAUCAUGGGAUUUCAAAAUCUCAUCAUCAUUCCCAUCCAGAGUCCCACCAUCAUCAUUCCAAAGAUCACCAUCAUCACCAUGACCAUCCGGACUCACAGAUUCAGCAUUCCCAUACAGGACACCACCUCUUUCAUUCAGAAUCAAACCACUAUCAUUCCCACUUCAAAGAGGAUCAUCACAAUGAUGAUAACCCAAGCCAUCUUCGCCACUCUCCAGUGGGCCAGCGGUCUACUUCUCCACUUUCUAACAAGUCAGAUUCAUCUGCAAGCUCCAUUAUCCAGUACGAUCAAUCCACAGUGAGCUACCAAGAGUCAUCCUCCUUCCCAAAGGAAAAGGAUUCAUUGGAGAGGUUAAUGUUGUUACAGGAGCAGAAUGAGGCUCUCCACCACAGCUUGCUGCAGACCACAACACAAAUUAAAUGCAUGGGAGCUGAGUUCAAAACCGGACACCAGCUCCUUGAAUCUGAGUUACAAAGAACUCGCACUGAGCUUAGCAGCUUAAUGGAGCAAUUCACAAGGCUUCAGGACAACUACUCCUGCACACAACAGACCAGCCACCUUCUGGAGAAAAAACUGCAUUGUGUGUCUCAAAGUAUGGAUGGAGAGCGAGAGCGACUGAACGAGCGAAUCUCAGAGCUCACAGAACAUCUGUCUGCAGCCAAGACCACCAUCCAGACUCUAGAGACCAUUAAUGUCACAUCAAUGCUACAGGAUGCCCUGGAGAAACAUCUGAAGUCUGAUGAUCCCAUAACACACCCACUUCCAGCCGCAGCUCCUCCAGCUCCCUUCAUGAGCAGUGACCUUUAUGAGAGAGUGUCCGAUGACCAGUCGCUGGGAACCCUCCCGGAGGAGGAGGAAUCCGACUGGUCAGAAAUGGGGGAGGAGGCACGUCACUUCAGUCAUGCAGACGCAGUGUAUUUCCAGUGGCAGCAGAGGCAAGGCGGCUGGGGAAUGGUGGACACGGAGAGCGAGUCCGGGGGUGAGGAAAGCAAAACUCAUCAAGCUGGUCACAGCCUACAGAUACCGCAUCUCAAGUUCACCGUCCACCCCGAAACCCUGCCGGUUCCCAUCGAGGAUGCCAGCCUGGCCCGAUUCAAGCCGAGUCCCGAAGGUUACCGGAUCACAGAGGUGCGUGACCUGGGCUCCUCCAUCCGCAUGCUCUCCGUCAGCCUGGAGGACAUCCACUCCACCGGACAUCUGAAGCAGCAGCAGGAUCAUCUCGUCCAGCUGAGGAGCAAUACAUCCAUGAUGGACCUGCACCUGUCACAGUCUGACUCGUACGCAGACCAGAUCACGUGUGACUGGAGAGAAGUGGACAGAGAGGACAGAAGCGGGAUGCUUGGGCUGGAGUCUGCUCAGAAAAUGCUCAACCACUUUAUUCAUGAAGGGGAGAGCACACACCUGUGAUUAACACCUGAGACGUGCUAGAACUGGAAAUGUGCAUUAUAUAUUGAUUAAUAGGCCAAAUGCCUAUUUAGGCAUAGUUUUACUCUCUCUCUCUAUAAAAGUAUUAUAUUUAAUGUAGCAAUUUACUGCUGGUUGAUGUUUGUUAGGAAAACUUAGAUUUGAAAAAGAAUUAUUAGCAAUGGGAUAUGUCAAAAUAAAGUUAGUAAAAUGGAGAGUCAGUGCUAGUUCAUUAAAGUCGGUUUUGUUUAGUUUGGGAUCACAGUGACAGAUAUAUGUCUCCCAGGACACAAGAUGAUCUCACAGUGUUUUCCGAUUCUACAUGUAGCUUUUGGGUUUGGUAUAAAGACAAAACACUGCUAUUUUCCUUAAAUAAUGUACAAAAGCUACAAAAACCUGCUCAUUAGAUAUUUAUUUAAUACACAUUUUUAAUCUAAUGCUUUAGGGCCACAUCCCUAUGUUUUUAAUUCUUCUAAUACUCUUACUUCUACAUUUUACUCUUUACAAUAUUUCUUUAUUACCUUUAUCUGUGUAUGAGAACCAUGGCAGCACCAAGAAGAAUAAAUAUGUAAAACCUCCGAU